CGUUGCGAAACCCCCAAACCCAGGUAAAGCCCGCCCUUUUCCCCCUCCUCUCUCUCUCUCUCUCUCUCUCCCCCUCGCCGCCGCAACCGAAGCCCAGUAGAGUCACCACAUCAGGAGAAAAGGACAAGAGAGAGAAAGAGAAGAGGGCGACAGAGCCAGCUUUAGCGAAGGUAAAGAUAUAAAACAGCGACAAACGAAGAGAGGAGGAGGAGAAGAAGAAGAAGGGAGAGCUAAAAGGAGAUGAGGGGAAGCCGCUCCAUCUCUUCCCUCCUCUUCUACUCUCCCUCCUCCCUCCACAACUAUAACCCCUGCACAUCAUGAGCAAAACCCACCACCUCUUCUUCCCCCUAGAAGAAGAAGAAGAAGAAGAAGAAUAGGACGGCAACGUAUAAUGGCUCUCAGCUCCCUCCUCGACCCUCUCUACUGCCCGGAAGAACAGCUGGAGCUCGACGACGAUGCUCCUCUUCCCUCCCACUUCCCCAUCCCGGCCGCCGAGGCGGCGGCGGAGCCGCAGGAGGACUGGGCGGAGCUCUUGGGUUCUCUGGUUGCCAAACAAUGGGAGACCCACCCCGCGCUGUCCUCUGACGGCGGCGACGAACUCUAUCUGCGCUCCGCGAGGAGGGGCGCGGUGGAGUGGGUGGCGCGGGCGGCCGCCUGCCAUGGCUUUUCUGCUCUCACGGCGGUGCUCGCCGUGAACUACCUCGACCGGUGCUUCCUCUCCGGCGGAGGUGGGCUCGGGCUGCAGGGAGAUCGGCCGUGGAUGGGGCGGCUGUCGGCGGUGGCGUGCCUCUCCCUGGCGGCGAAGGUGGAGGAGACGUACGUUCCCCUCCUCCUCGACCUCCAGCUGGCCGCGGCGGAGGCGGAGGUCGAGGCCGGGUACGUGUUCGAGGCCAAGACCGUGCGGCGGAUGGAGCUCCUCGUGCUCUCCGCCCUCGGCUGGCGGAUGAAUCCCGUCACCCCACUUUCGUUUAUCCACCUCCUCCUCCCCCACCUUCUCCCCAAAUCCCAAAGCGGUAAUCUCACCUCCUCGUCCGCCGCCCGUUGUCGCUGCGAGGCCAUUCUCCUCUCCGUGAUAGCCGACCGGAGAUGGGUCCGGUAUCCGGCAUCGGUGUGGGCGGCGGCGGCGAUGCGGCACGCAUUGGGCCAGCAGCUGGAGCCCGGCAAUGGCGCCGCUGCCGUGGGGUGCCACGAGACCCAACACCUCCAGGCCCUCCUCAACGCUCCCAAGGAAAAGGUGGAAGAAUGCUUUGAGCUCAUUCUGGACCGCGUUGGUGGCAGCCGUGGUGGUGAUAUUGGUCACGGUCACAAAAGGAAGCACCUGUUCGCCUCCUUGGAUCGGUAUCCCUCACCACCCAGUCCUAAUGCGGUGCUGGGUUCGUGCUUGAGUUGCGAGAGCUCGUCGAGCUGCGACGCCUGGGCAAUGUGGCCCUCCCUCUCGGCCUCGUCUUCGCCGGAGCUUCCUCCCCUCAAGAGACCCAACUGCAUUGCCGCCAAAGCCUUUCGAGAGGGUCCAAGUGGGGAGAACGGGGAUCGGCUUGUUCACCACAAGCAGCCAAGUCUGGAUUACAAUGCCGUUUCCAUUUAGAGUAGAUUAAGUUAUAUGGUUUAUGCAUGUUAUCAGAAGCAGACUGCCUUCCAUCUCUGCCUUUGAGUUUGGGAACUCAGUAAUGGCCCGGAGCUCUUGGGAGCAAGUUUUUUCUAUGGUCGGGACUCGGGGUGAUAAGGUGGAGGAGAGUUGGGGACUUGGAAGGAGAGGGAGGAAACAGGAAGCAGAGAUGGGUGGCAUUUUUCUUUUCCUUUAGUUGACAAGAUAAAAGAGGCUUUGGUCCCACUGUUGCCAUGCUACUGUUCCUUUUGGCCCAGUGCAACUGUGCCUCUAGCUCGUGUCCUAUCCGUUUUCAUCAAUGCGUGGUUCCCAUGAAUUCUUAUUUUCACGAA